AUGAACUCUCUAUCACUCUUGGCCUUCCUCUGCGCAAUUCUCGCCCAUUCCAUCUCCGUCUCUGCGAACUCCGCCGCGUAUCCUUCUAUCCCUGGCGUCGACACCGACGAUGACUGCUCCCUCCGCGGAGAAGGCGGCGCUCUGGUUCCUCCGCGACGAGAAGUGUACGACGAGGGCCGAAUCUUCGACAUCAGCCACCGGUACGUGCCUGAGAUGCCGGUUUGGGACUCGACGGAGGGGCUCGGACAAGACUUUCUGUGGCUUGGAACUAGCAUGAAGAAGGGCUGGCGCGCUAACAACUCCAUUUUUAAGCUUGGUGCUCACACCGGCACUCAUGUCGACGCGCCCGGUCACUUUUACGACAAUUACUACGACGCCGGCUUCGACGUCGACUCACUCGACCUAACAGUCCUCAAUGGCCUUUCACUUGUGGUUGAUGUUCCACGGGAUAAAAACAUUACCGCUGAGGUUAUGAAGUCCUUGAAUAUCCCUAGAGGUGUACGUCGUGUGCUUUUCAGAACUUUAAACACAGACAGGCGACUCAUGUUUAAGAAAGAAUUUGAUACAAGCUAUGUGGGAUUCAAGGAGGAUGGUGCAAAAUGGCUUGUAGAGAACACUGACAUCAAACUAGUAGGAAUUGAUUACUUAUCUGCUGCUGCUUAUGAUCACUCGGUUCCAUCUCAUCUUGCUUUUCUGGAAAGCAGGGAGAUCAUUCUGGUGGAAGGCCUGAAGCUUGAUGAUGUCCCAGUGGGAGUAUAUUCACUCAGUUGCUUGCCUCUUAGGUUGGUUCACUCUGAGGCAUCACCUAUUCGAUGCAUUCUGAGCAGAUGA